UUUGGUGGUUAUUAGAAUAAAUUCUAAACAAUACAGUGGAAUAAGCUUUUGCAGUCACCAGCGAUGGACUUCAGCUGUCGGCACUGAGGCUCCCAGUUCUCUAGUUCUUCUGAUGACCACAGGCCCUCAUGGCGCUUAUUCAUGAACCUCGUGCCCCCUCUCCUUCUCUCUCUGGCUUCAACACACCCCUCUCUGAUCCUCCAUCCUUUCGUCGACUCGAUGCUGAAACACCCUGCACCCCAGAAAUGGACCUCACCCCGACCCAGUGCGUCCUACGCAAUGUCCUCUCCAUAGACACCGGAGGUGCUGUCGAGCCUGGGGGUGGAGGAGGAGAGGGGCAGACUGCUGGGCACAACCAGACACCGGGCGAGGAACAACAGGAGCACUUUGCCAACAGUGUCCUGAAGCUCCACGAGCACGACGGGAGUCCUGGACGGACGGAGGGAGAGGGGCAGGAGCUGGACAGCAGUGAGGUCAGGAGCCAGGCGGAUGACGCCAGGCUACAGUGCCAGUCCACCGGAGGAGGAGGAGGGUUUCUGGAGGGGUUGUUUGGGUGUCUGCGGCCUGUCUGGACUAUGAUCGGCAAAGCUUACUCCACAGAGCACAAACAUGACCUGGACGAGGCCUGGGAGGUCCCGUUUGAGGAGAUAUCUGACCUGCAGUGGGUGGGCAGUGGAGCCCAGGGCGCCGUCUUUCUGGGCAAACUGCACGGACAGGAAGUGGCCGUAAAGAAAGUGCGGAAUAUCAAAGAGACAGACAUCAAGCACCUGCGCAAGCUCAAACACCCCAACAUCAUCACUUUCAAAGGCAUUUGCACCCAGGCUCCAUGUUACUGCAUCAUCAUGGAGUACUGUGCCCAGGGACAGCUGUACGAGGUGCUCAGAGCAGGCAGGAAGAUCCAGCCGUCCCUGCUCAUGGACUGGGCCAUGGGCAUCGCGGGGGGCAUGAACUAUCUUCAUCUGCACAAGAUCAUCCACAGAGACCUCAAGUCACCAAACAUGCUGAUCACUUAUGACGACUCAGUGAAGAUUUCUGAUUUCGGGACGUCCAAAGAGCUCAGUGACAAGAGCACCAAGAUGUCCUUUGCCGGUACAGUGGCCUGGAUGGCUCCUGAGGUCAUACGCAAUGAGCCCGUCUCAGAGAAGGUGGAUAUUUGGUCAUUUGGCGUGGUGCUGUGGGAGAUGCUGACGGGAGAGGUGCCCUAUAAGGAUGUGGACUCCUCCGCUAUCAUCUGGGGAGUGGGCAACAACAGUCUGCAGCUGCCUGUACCUGAUAGCUGUCCAGACAGCUUCAAACUGCUCCUGAGGCAAUGCUGGAACUGCAAGCCAAGAAACAGGCCUUCCUUCAGACAGAUCCUCCUGCACCUGGACAUCGCCUCUGCAGACAUCCUCUCGACUCCACAAGAAACUUACUUUCAGUCUCAGGUGGAGUGGAGGGAUGAGGUGAGGCACCACUUUGAGAAGAUCAAGUCUGAGGGGACGUGUCUUCACAGGCUGGACGAGGAGCUGAUCAAACGACGCAGAGAAGAACUCAGACAUGCGCUGGACAUCCGGGAGCACUACGAGAGGAAACUGGAGAGAGCCAACAAUCUCUACAUGGAGCUGAACGCCAUCAUGCUGCAGCUGGAGAUCAAAGAGAAAGAACUGCACAAGAGGGAGCAGUCGCUGGACAAGAAGUACCCGGGCUGCUUCAAGCACCACAGCUCCAGACAGUCAGCCUCCUCCAACUCGAUGGAGAAACUCAUGAAGAAACGCAACGUACCUCAGAAACUGCCUUCACACAGCAAGAGGCCAGACUUACUAAAAUCAGAGGUCAUCCUCCCCAAACUGGACUCUUCCAUGACCCAGGUCACAAUCCCCAACAAGGGCUCUACCUCCCCCGGCCGCUCACGCCGAGGAAAACCGCGCUACAGGAAAGCCGGCAAAGGCAGCAGCGGGGACUUGGCUCAGCUGAAGGCUACUCUCUCCUCUUCACUAGCAAUGGUCAACUCCACCACAUCUGUUCCCAGCAGUAAGCAGCACCUAGACCCCAGUGCAGCCCUCAGGGGCCUGCAGCAUGAUCUGCUGCUCAAGAAGAUGUACUCCUCGAGCCCGGACCUAAUUUCUACUACCUUGGAGGCUGAAGGCAGGAGGAAGGGGCAGGUCAGGCCAGGGUUGGACAGAGCGGGCAGCCAGAGUGCCUCAGCCGGGCUCGAGGAGAGCAGAAGCGGAAGGAAUGGAGGGCCGGAGGAGGGGCCAGAUGUGGGCGUGGGGACCGACGACUUGGCGGAAACACCUCCACGCAGUGACACGCCCAGCGAGGACGCAGCUUCUAUUCCGUUCUCCAGUAGCCCUGACUCGCCGUGUGGCAGAGGGGCAGCGGCGGGGAGGGCGUCCGUGCUCGGGAACCCCCGCGUUUCCCACGAGGGCGAGGAGAAGGAGGACGGGACGGUGAUUACGCGCUCGCCCAGAAGUCAACGCCUCACACCUGCAGCGCUGCUCUACAGGGCUGCAGUCACACGCAGUCAGAGACGUGGAGUGUCGUCAGAGGAAGAGGAAGGAGAAGUGGACAGUGAAGUGGAGUUGCCGCGGAGACGGCGUCCUGUGAGCAUGACCAAGUGCCAGUCCCUGUCCACCUUCAGCUCAGAGAACUUGUCGGUCUCGGACGGCGAGGAGGGAAACACCACCGACCACUCCCACAGCGGCACGCCGGACGUGGUCAGCACCAACACGGACGAGCGGCUGGACGACAAGAGCGACGACCUCCUGUCUCAGGGCUCGGAGAUUCCCGCUGACCCAUCUGACCCCGCCCAGCUAGGCUCUGACGGGUUGUCUGAGAAGGAGGCUAUCCUUCGACAAGUCAAGACCCAGCUCGCAAGCAAUGACCAUAAUUAUGAGGGCCUGUAUGAUGACUCGGACUGUGACAGCACAGAGCUGGACCAUUCAGGCAGUGCAGAACCCAGCCAGCCUCCAAGCAACUGGUGAAAAUCUGACACCUAAGCCCACUCAAAAUGCGUCCAGAUCCAGCCUGUGAAUGCCUCUUUUACCCUUACAGACAUUGGAACACACGGAGUCAUGAUCAGGGACGUUGCAGAGAGGCUGAAAUGACCCCUGUGUCCUUCUUCGGAAACAGGAAAACACAAAUCCUUGGUGAGCGUUCUCGAAAAAUAUCCCGGAAAAAACUGAAUCGGGGCACAAGCCGAGCUAACGGAGCAGCAGCCCCCUCUGUUCCUCCCAUAGCCACUGGCCCAAAAUCAGCAUUGCAAGAACACUUCAGAUGACACCUCAGUGACAGAGGCCUCAGUCAGAGAGGCCCUCUGCUCUACAGUCUGUUAAUGUCUCCUGUCAUCAUCAUGUCAGUUUGUCUUUUUCUCUCCGUCAUGAAAACGUCAUAUUAUUUCACAUCAUGUCAUGUGAGAACAUGAUUAUAAAAUCCUAUCAGGGCUUUUAUUAUGUUUUAAUGUUUCUGUCGUCAACAUUACUGGGACAGCUACCGAUGCUGCUGCUUGCACUCGAUUGAUGAAAUGUAUAGAUUUUCUCGUGAUCAUCGUGUCAUACUGCAUUUCCUCUCAAAACAUUAUGCACUGACUAAUUUAUUGUUACUUUUCAGCGAAUUCAUUUAUAUUACUCAGAAACAAUGUUUACAUUUUUGUGUUGUUUACAUUAUUUAUUUAGAUAUAUGCCAUGGAUUCCGUUUUCCAUUUUCUACUUCUGUGUUUUAAUAUCAAUGUAAAUAUGUGAUGUUGUAAAAUGAACAAAUUUUUAAAAUGUGAGAUUGUAUAAUUUUAAGGUGCUGAUGUUCCUAAUUAGGUGGCGCUACUCUAUUUGAACCUCAAAAAGCUUAUGGUGGUAGAAUGUACUGUAGCUGCCGUUCAUGUCUGAGCAUCAAAACACAUUUAAAAGAGGAACAACAUGUGAAUGAAGAAAAAGCAAUAUGUCUGCUCUGGUACAGUAUGUCCUGUCACUGAGUUCAUUCAGGCAGACAGGCUUUGUUUUUAUUAGUAUUGCAGUGUUUACUGUAUUAAAAUGCAAUACCAGUUUGAAAUCCCUUUCUAAGUAUCUGGGGGUGUAUAUAGCAUCAGAAAAGCAUGCUAGUGGAAAAAAGUACAGAUAGCCCAUUGGUCACUGUUUGUGGCUCAGAUCAAAAGGAAAAGACACAACAAGAGCAAGACUGCAGAUGUCUGGUAGACUUUUAAAAACUCCAGUUUAGUGGCUGAAGGCACGUGGAUGAUGGGGACACAAAACACCAAAAUAGAUCUCAGAAUAACUGCAAAUUUCCAAUUGCACUCAUGGUUUUCCGCAAUCACUCCGUUCUAACUCGCCAGCCGUGCGGCCUCACUACGUCUGCAGCGUACCAGCACACAAAAGAUGACUUCCUUUUGACAGACAUUAACGUAAGCUUACUCAGUAUCAGUGGGAGAUGCUGAGCACUUUUCCUGCCCACUCAGAA